UCCAAUUGAUGCACUUCACUUGUAAAACAACGAUGGACAAAUUAGCUCUUUCCAUGGUGUUUCGGAUUAUAUGUUUUAUGAUUCUGUAUGGUGAUAUCAGUAGCCAACCUUUAUACGAAAACAGCCAGGAAGACCGAGUCACAACUAAGCAGACAGAGUUUUAUUACCAGAAAGUCUAUGAACGAGAGAUUCUUCUUGAAAACAAAGUAAACAGUUGGAAAAAGAAGUUAGACUCGUGCAGAGAGACAUUGCCAUUCGACUGCAAGGAACUAUAUAUGAAUGGCAAAAGAAAAUCCGGUGUUUACACUAUCUACCCGUGGGAGAGGUGUGAUCCUAAUUACCGUCCUGUCCAAGUCUACUGUGAUAUGGAGACAGAAGGAGGCGGGUGGACGGCAAUACAAAGACGUGUCAAUGGAGAAGAAAACUUCACUCGAAAUUGGACUGAGUACAAACUUGGAUUUGGAACACCUUAUGGUGACUAUUGGAUCGGAAACGAUGCCAUACAUCAAUUGGCAACGGGACGAAAUUCGUCAUUGCGUAUCACAAUUACUCCAAUGAACGGUGGUUUUGUUUCUUUCAAGAUGUAUCAUCAGUUCUACGUUUUUGGCGAGGACCAGAACUAUAGACUUCAACUUGCAAACCCUGGAAAUGAAAGUUUAGGAGAUAACCUGGUAGAGAAUAAUGCUGUUUACAGGGCUACAGAAAUGCAAUUUAGUACAUUCGAUGUCGACAAUGACAAUUAUACUGGUAACUGUGCAGCAACCUAUUCAGGAGGCUGGUGGUUUAAUAGGUGUCAUAGUGCAUAUCUCAAUGGUCCUUGGCAAUCGGAUGACUGGGUUGAUCCUUGGUACAUGCAAUAUACAAGCGGGAGGCAAGUGAAUGGAACAUCCAUGUUGAUCAAAUCACAUUAAAAGAUAUGAGUAUCAGCAGACAAGCACAAGCUAAGAGUAUGUUGUGUAACAACA